AUGACCACCAGGAUGCGGUACCGCCGUCUUUUCUCUCGGUUUCUCUACGGGUCAAUAUACGUCCUCCUCGUCCUCAUUCUCCUCGGUCUCCUCCUCAUCACGCCCGGUGAUGCAAUCGAACGGUCUCUCAGCAACGGCCAGAAAUACAAUGUCCUCAUUCUGACGAUUUCAUACGUCGUCACCAUCGUCACCGUGGGCUUUGUCUACGCGUUGCGUCUGUACAUUGGCAAGACGGCGAUUGCGGCGAUUCCAAAGGCCUGGGUGCCUAUAGACAGGGGGGACGUCAAGGAUGCUGUGUACGCCAUGAUUCACGUCGAGCUGAGCCGAAGCGCGGCCAUCGCCUACGAAGCGCGGCCGAGGGAAGACGCCCCGGGUGAGCCGACCGAGUCCGAGUCCAAGGCUGGCUCUGUCGACCGGACCGCCAGGGCUGGUUCGAAAAGGACGAGGACUGUGGCCGAGGAGCUGGGGCUGCCGCUGCCGCUGCCGCCAAGCCGUCGCGUCUGGGGCAAGAUUGAGCAUCCCGGCUGGGCAUCACCCCAUUCGCCCGAUUUGCGCAACUUGCAGUACAGCAGCGUCGUGUCGGAACUGCCCGACCUGAUCGAAGCCAAAGCGCUCGCCUUGGCCCUGGCCGGCUCCGCCGAGGGAGCCGACGUCGCCGGCGGCGCGCAGGCCGAGGAAGCCGCGAGGCUGAGCCCCGAGGCGGCCGAGUUGCUGCAGCGCACCGCCAGCAUGAACCUGCCCCUCUAUCUGGACCGCCUCUGCAGCGUGGGCGUGGUCGCUGCGGACGAGACGACGGAGCGCUUCCUCGCGCAGUACGAGCACGCGCGGUUCUCGAACCGACCCGUCUCGGACCAGCGGUUCCGAGAGCUCAUGCACCUGUUUGCCGAGCUGCUGCGAGCCAUGCAGCCACCGGACCCGGGCGCGGCGGCCUCGCCCGGGGAGGGGAGCUUCGCCUGGGGCCCUCCGGAAAGCGACAUGGACAUGGACAUUGACGACGACGCGCCGCUCGACACCAACCCCCCUUCCCCGCGGAGCAGCACGUCCCGGCCAGCGACGGCCAGCACCGACAACUCGGCGGCGCUUGCCGCGCCGCCGCCACCGCCGAUGCGAACCCCCUCGGCGCACGCGUGGAGUUUCCGCACGGCGCCCAACACGCCCGGCAGCAGGAGGACGGGCCCGCUGUCGAGGAGAUCGAGCGAGAAUAGCUUGAGCCUGAGCUUGGCGCAAACCCGCCGCCCGCGCGGAGGAGUCCGCAGCCGGCCGUCGGGCCUGAGUUUGCGGUCCCAGGCGACGGGCAGCAGCGACGGCGGAUCCGUGAUUCGCCUGGCAACAAGUGACGAUGGAGGAUGCCUCCCGUAUGUAUACAACCCACGGCCCACGGGGGGCAUCGGAAAGAAGUGA